CAGAACUCUCUGUGUUCGACUAUUCGGCAGGCAGACCAAAGCAAUCGAUCUAGAGCUCCGGAUUGACAGGCUGCAGGGUGACGGAAGUUAGCCUGCACUUCAAUCAGGAAAGUUAUGGGCCUGUUUAAUGUUCAGAGUCACUCGUGAGAAGGGUUUGGAGACACUGGCAUCCAUGUUAACACAGACCUGCCCCCGCUGCUAUGUCCUCCAUCUCUGUGUCAACAUCAACUUGUUGUGGCGGUGAUGCUGCUGCUGCCAUGGCAACCCAGGCUUUGGAGCAGGCUCUGCUGGCCUCAGACCGCUACGCAAGGAUCAUCCUGGCCCAGAUGAACAAGAUGCGGCAGCGCACUGACUUCUGUGACGUUGGGCUGAAGGUUGGCAGCCGGGUCUUCAAAGUCCACAGACUGGUGCUGGCUGCCAGCAGCCCUUACUUCUCCGCCCUGUUUUCAGGGGGGAUGAGGGAGGCUGAUAAAGAGGAAGUGCAGAUUCUUGGAGUGGAAACUGAAGUCUUUGAAGUCCUCUUGGACUUCAUAUACACAGGUGUGAUCAGUGUGACAGUGGAGAAUGUCCAGGAGUUGAUGGUGGCAGCAGACAUGCUGCAGCUGAAUGAGGUGGUGUCAAUCUGUGGAGAGUUUCUGAAGGGACACAUGGACCCGUCCAACUGUGUGGGCAUCUUUCAGUUCCUGGAGCAGAUUGCCUGCAUGGAAAUGCUGGAGUUUACCGAGAACUACAUCCAUGUUCACUUUCUGGAGGUGUGUGUCACGGAUGAGUUCAAGGGCCUGACAAAGGAUCAGAUGGUGAGGCUGCUGAGGAGUGAAGAGCUGCGGAUUGAAGAUGAGUACCAGGUUUUUACUGCCGCCAUGGACUGGGUUCUCCAAGACGUCGCAAAGAGGAAAAAACAUGUAGUGGAAGUGUUGGAGCCAGUCCGAUUCCCUCUGCUCUCCCCACAGAGACUCUUCAAGUACAUAGAGGGAGUUACAGACUUCAGCCUGCGGGUGGCACUGCAGACUCUCCUGAGAGAAUACACUGAAGUUGCAAAGUCUCCCAAAGAAAACAAGAUGUACAGUCAGUUACAGCCAUCCAAGAUGAGACCCAGAAGAAAAGCCAGGAAAUACCUCUACGCCAUAGGAGGCUUCACUCGGCUGCAGGGUGGCCGCUGGAGCGACAGCCGGGAGUUGAGCUGCGUUGAGCGCUUCGACACCUUCAACCAGUACUGGACCACAGUGUCGUCCCUGCACCAAGCCCGCAGUGGGCUAGGGGUGGCAGUACUGGAGGGCAUGAUCUAUGUGGUGGGAGGGGAGAAAGACUCCAUGAUCUUUGACUGCACAGAGAGAUACGACCCAGUGACCAAGCAGUGGGCUGCUGUGGCGUCUCUGAACUUUCCCCGAUGUGGCGUUGGUGUUUGCCCCUGCUAUGGAGCUCUGUAUGCACUCGGUGGUUGGAUCGGCUCCGAGAUUGGGAAGACAAUGGAGCGAUACGAUCCAGAGGAGAACAAGUGGGAGGUGAUAGGCAGCAUGGCAGUUCCUCGUUACUAUUUUGGCUGCUGCGAGCUUCAAGGAUUUAUCUACGUGAUCGGAGGAAUCAGUGAUGAAGGAAUGGAGCUGAGAUCAGCCGAGGUUUAUGACCCGAUCACCCGCAGAUGGAGCGCCCUGCCCGUCAUGGUCACACGGAGAGCAUAUGUGGGUGUGGCCUGCCUCAAUAACUGCAUCUAUGCUGUAGGCGGCUGGAAUGAAGCACUGGGUGCACUGGAGACGGUGGAGAAAUACUGUCCAGAGCAGGAGAAGUGGGUGGAGGUGGCUUCGAUGUCUACAGCUCGUGCAGGCGUGUCGGUGUCAGCAGUUAACGGGCUUCUGUACGCCGUUGGGGGGAGAGCUGCCAGCAGAGACUUCUCCGCCCCCGUGACGGUGGACUCUGUGGAGAUCUACGACCCUCACCUGGACACCUGGACUGAAGUUGGCAACAUGAUCACAAGUCGCUGUGACGGAGGACUGGCUGUGCUCUGAAAUAUUGACAUUUUGAACGUCCAUAUCGGCACCUGAAUCAUCCUGAAGCAGCAGAAACAGAAAACUGCACCUUAAGAAACACACAUGUGUUUUUGUCUUAAGUUAGCUUUCACAUUAUCACAACUUUUAUUUAUACUUGAAUAAGAUAAGUUUUUCUUUUUGAAUGUCUGCAGCAUUUAUCGUUUAUUGAACAGAAGGAUUAACUGCACCUCUAUUUUGAUUCCCACAAUAUUUCUACAUUACUAUCAGAGUAAUGUCACACAUAUUUUCCCUUUUUGUGUGUACAUGAAAACAAAACAGUCCUUGUGAUGAGGAUAUUUUAUCACUGCUGGAUGUACCAGAAAGUUUUUCUCUAAAGUCCUGUCGGGAUUUGAACUGUGGUUUUGGAAAAUAUGUGCAAAUACUGAUUUCUAGUUGUUCUUGUUCCUGUUUCCUCAACAAAAUGUUUUAGGCCGGUGUGUUGCUACUCGGAAUAUUUAUCAAACCUGGAGCCUAAUCAAUAAUGGAACAAAUGUUCCAUGACUUCUGUUAACAAUGACGUACUUGAAUAGCACAGCACUGUUGUCACAUCAGUGCAGUCACAGACACACGUUGAAUCUCACUGGAUUAUUUUUGUAAAUAUGAUUGUGUAAAAGAAAUUAGGGCCUCUUAGUCACUCUUUACUUCCAAAUCCCUGCAAGUGAAGCCUUUUAUUUAUCACUUACCAAUGGCUUCAGAUAUUACUACAAUUUACAUUCCGCAUACAUUUCAACUAUUCUACAUUACGCAACAGUGCACAUGUUAGGACUUGUUUACCUUAUAACGGUACAGAAAAUUUCCUCUGGGAUCUUAACGACUAGUGGAGCAAACCGUAUUUCCUCUCAUAAACUGUUACACAUUUUCAAAACACAUUAUUUAUGUUACAAUAGUGAUACUGGCUUUUAUUGCUUGCUUUUAGACUUCUUUAGAGCUUUAAUCUGCGCAUGUAAGGCUCAAAUAACUCACACUCCCCCCUUCUUCAUUCAAGACACUUCAAAUUGAUAUAUUAAUUGGAGUUUUGCUGUGAGAACUGCAAUAAAUAAGAUGUGUAUGGUCUAUUUUGACAGAUAAGUCUGGGUUGAUUACAGUCCGGUUUGAGUAAGAUCUUCACUGUAAACGUCACACUCAAUUUGUACUAAAUAAACUUGAAACCUUGACUUGGCUUUAUCAAGAUAGAGAGUUUUAGGUUUCUGCAUAAACAAACGAACUCUAGUAUUUUCUCCAUAAGAUUACUUUUGAAAUUCUAUGGCUGCUUAUUAAAGCCUAUGUGAGGAGUUUUAGCUGGCUAUGAAACAGACUGAUAUCAUCUGUGAUGCCUCUUUAUGACCUUAUAAAGCAAAUGAGAUUUUAUACAAUAAGACUGGCAAUUCUGUAAAAUAUGUCUCUUUCUACUGUGCUGGGGUAGAUGUCACACCAAACGACUGGCAACACAAUAAAGAGCAAGCCAAUGUU